ACGGAAAGGAAUGCGAUGCGUUGGUAUGUUAUCAUGAAAAGGAUUCAAACCUUGUCGUGGGAAUAAUGAUUCCUACACUCGAGUCCAGAUAUCGAUAUAAAUGCACGCAGUUGGAAUUAUCUGCCCUACACCAGAAUUGGGCACUAGAAAUUGGACCUCACGCCGGGAAAGUACGACGAAUCAUAGUGGUCCUAAGUGCUGCAUCCCUAGGAAACAAUUGGUCGGAUUUAAGCGUGUCGACGGCUCUAAAACAGCUAUUAGCGUCUUUGCCCGUAAGAACGCUCGUCGUAACUCUGAAGGAACUACCGAACACGACAACAGUAGUAAAAUCAUCUCGCCGUGGACACGAGACUGGAAUUGCAAUGGAUCGAUUGAAGAUUAUACAAUGGGAGAAAGGCCGUGGACCCAAUGGAGGAGAUUACCAUUUCUGGUACAAAUUGAGACUAGCGAUGCCUGCCGUGCGACCCAUCGGCACAGACACCGGAUGUCACUCAGUCGCCAUGAUUGUUCAAGCUAAUGGAAAAUCCGGACAGCAAAAGGCGCGUUCACGCGAAAGCUUAGAGGUUCUUGUUUGAAUAAAUUUCAAAUUUAAUUUCUUAAAAAGAACAGAGAGAACAAACUUGUAUGAUGGCUGCGGCAAAGCCGUUUAAAUAUUACAACAAGAGAAGAACAGCUUGCUGACUUCCCAGCGAAUCUUGACGAUUCACGGUUACAGGAAGAGGUGCAAGAGAAGAGACGAGAGACAAGAAAAUUGUACGUCUUCCAAAGGUUAUGCCCUUUGUUCACGUUAUUGCAUUUGGAAUUUGCAUUUGAAUACGGAUUUUAGCGUACAGACCUCGGUAAAUUGAUGGCAACAUUUCCUUCGUUCUUUAUCCUUGCCUUUUCUUCUCUUCCCGUUUAUCGGCGAUGAGGACGAUGAGAGCAAUGGCGAUGACACUGAAACAUCGACCUUGUUAUCCUUACGUGGCAAGGACUUGUGUUGUAUUUUUUCAUUGUGCAAGACAUUCCGCAGCUUUUAUAAUUAUAUUGAGACACGCGAAUUAUCGCAGUCUUCCGCCAUGUCGGGCAUUUUUUUUAUAUAUAUACAUUUAUAAUGGAAGAGUGUAACGGAAUAUAUUUACUUUAUUUUCUAUACAUUUUUUAUAUCGAUUUUCUGUAUAUAUGGAAAAAUUUUCUCUAAGCUCCUCCUUAUUUAUUUAGUUAGUCAUAUUAUUUAUGCUACGGGUAUCGUGCCGCAUAUGUUAAUAAUUAUGGAAUAGAGCGUAGGUGUCGCUGCGCGAUCGUCGAUUCAAGACAUAUCGUUUUAAUUAUUAGAUCACAAUCAUUCUCAUUUUAUAUAUGGAUUUUACUUGUAUUACGAACGCCUUGAGCUACUCCUAAACCUUCUCAAUAAUUAUUUGCUGUGUCUUGCUUCACACCAUCACGUACACUCUAUAUUAAUCUAUUUUCAUGAUAAUAAAUAGCCAGCGAUUCUAUAUGAUGCGAUAUAAUUGCAUAGCAGAAGCACGUAAAAUAGCGUACUCGUGUCUUACUUGUAUUUCCUACUAGAGCGAAUUUACUGAGGCUCUUCGGUUCGUUUGUCUCAAAAUUGAAUUAAGAUUAAACAAAAUCACCCUGGCCGUAGGCAGUACGUGUCCGUAAUUAUGUCGUAAUUAUGACUACAUACAUAACUAAGAUAAAGUUUUCUCAAAACUGGGUUAUUCAUGAAGAUAGAAGCUGUGGUAUAGACGGUGUCGCGUUAUUUAGUAUUCUUUCUAAAUAAACAAUGGCAAUUGCGUCGAUACGAAUAAUUAUACUGUCAUAUCGAGCUGUCAAUGUAACAGGGCACGGACGAGUGAUCCUCAUGUGAUUAAAAUGCUGAAAAUAAUAUAUUACCCACAUCGAGACCAUCUUUAUCUUUAUAAUGUGUAACUGUAACCUAAUUAUACUAAUUGUAACUAUAAUAAUAAAUCAUAACCGUAAUUGGGAGAUUAUUCCCAGAAGACUCUACGGUGAGCUUAAUUAUCAAUGUUACGGUAAUCUCUUUACUGUCAGUAUUACGAUACACUAGUGUAGUCAUCUCGCGAAGAUGUGUUUCAAAGAAAGGUUCGCCCUUCUUCUUGCAAGCAAUCAUAGUAGGCUGAGUAAGCAGAGUAUAAUUUUUUUAUAUGAAAAUUAUUGGCUUACUCUCUAUUUUCGCUUAUUGAACGAUAUAUGAAGACAGUGCUUGUUUUUACACGAGUUUUGUCUCCGCAAUGUAAAUUUAUAUUUCUUCAUCUCGUCAAAGGAAUAUUUUGCUAAACCAAUUCUUAACCUAUUUCGUUCUUCCAUGACCUUUUAUUACCACUCGUUUAUAAACAAGUUGUACGGUUCUGGCAGCGCCACUACAACGUAUCUGUGUUUAAUAUUUUUAUGUUUUCCUUCGGCUUUUUUUAACAUAUUGAACAUUGAAUGCUUGACCCAAGCAUAUUAAGCAUACAGAGUUUCCACGAUUGAGUAGUUCUGCGAUAUUGGAACGGCGCACACAUAUUUGUAAAACAUACGAACCAAUUCUUAUUGAGUAACCGAUUUAUCCAAAUCUCUAAUUUUUGUUCUACAUUCUUUACGAAUUAGCAGUUGAACAUAAUAAUAAUACUGUAUACACCACUUAACUGAUGAGAAUUGAAAAUGUACGAUAAUAAAGAAUACGAAUUAAGACAUUGAA